AGAACGACCGCCCUUACAAGUGUCCGAUGUGCGAUAAGGCGUUUCACCGGCUAGAACACCAAACUCGCCACAUCAGAACCCACACCGGUGAAAGACCCCACCAUUGCACUUUCCCGGGCUGCACCAAAAAAUUUUCUAGGUCGGAUGAGCUGACUCGCCAUCUGCGUAUACACACCAACCCAACGGUUCGCAAGAGACGCUCGCAGAACAAAAACAUGAAAAACAGCGUCCAAAUGUCCCAGCAACAGCAGCAGCCCCAAAUACUCAUGCCCAUUGGCUACGAUAUGAUGGGGCAGCCUAUUUACCCACAGCCCGUUCCCAUCUAUAUCAUUCCGCAGGGCACCGCUAUCCCGCUCUCCGCGUACCAGAACAACAACGGGUCGCCACAGAUCGUGGUCAGUGGGUCCUCGCCAGGCCAGUUCCAGACCACACAGAGCAGCCCCACCAGUCCCGGGCUCCACCAUCCUGGCGAGCUGCGGCCGCUGACCGGGGUCAAGUCGACGCCGUCGCUGCAGUCGUAUUUUGGCAACCACGCGCCAGACUUCACGCCGCCGCAAUCGACGCUGUCGUCGCGUACCAACUCUUCUAACUCGCUGCGCUCGCUGGAUUCGUCCUCCUCCACGCUCGCCUCCGGCACCCCGGCCGCCAAGGGCACAGUGCCGCCGCUGUCGUCGCUGUCAUCGUUGCAGCGCAUGACGCCUAUCCGCAUGUCGUCCUCGGGCUCUGUGCCGCGUGUCUCGUCGCUGCUGUCGCGCUCUGUCUCGUCUGCGUCACUUGCGACGCUUGUCCACGACGACACCCCAGCUAAGAAAAAAUCGCGACCAAGUUCCCCCACGCUCCAGAGCAACAGCAGCAGCUUCAACUCGGCAGACUCUAUCGACCGCUCUAUGGCCAUCUUCAACAUAACCUCGCCGUCCGAAACGCCCCUCACAACCCCGAUGCACUCGCCCACCCUCAAACCCGCCGCCAGCUCUCAGAACAUACAUCUCCCGCCCAUCAGCUCCAUGGUGCGUGGCAUUGCAGAGCUCGACGAGGAGCUGUUCCAUAGAAAGCUUCUGAACAGCCCCGAAGAGCGCGCCAAAGACGUCCUCAACAGAGUCCCUGCUCCGCCACGGCCCGUGCUCUCCAAAGACAACUCCAGCAGUUCGGGCAUCCUCACCAUCGAGAAUCUCGUCAACAAACAGAGAUAGGCCUUUAAUUCUAUAUAG